CGUGUUUUCGUUGAACGGCAUUUCGUUUGUUGUCAUCAUUUUUGGUGGAAACAACUUCUUCAAUUUAUAUAAACUUCCAAAGACUUGGAGAUUUUUUUUCUCUCUCUGUCUCUCGUGUAGUGUCAGUGAUUUUGGUGUCAUCAUUCUCACUUUUAGUGUUAUUUGACAAAAAUCCAUGUUAUUUUUCUUGCUUGGGAUUAAUCGGAAAACCAUUUUAGGAAAUUUUGUGUUUGUGUUUGAUUUGGCUACCGCAUCGAUGGCACUUGGAUUUGUGUACACUUAGACGACGACGUCGACGACCGAGCAUUUUGCAUUGCAGAUCUACUGUGUGUUUAUCGAUAGAAUUAAAGUAAAUGCGUUAAGGCAAUUGAAGGGUUCUCUCGUCGGGGAGAGCACGAAAAAUAUCAAUACCAUUGCGAAAUAGUGUGAAAAAAGUGUACGAAUAUCGAAAAACCAUAAACAUGAACAUAUGCAGCAGUGAAUUUCUCUUUGUUAAUUUUUCGGUCGCUUCAUCAACAACAUAGUUGAAAUGCUUGGAAUAUUUCUCUCCGUUGCUUCGUUCACUCUCGCUCAUACACACACUUGAUUCUCAUUUCAAGUGUAGCGCUCUGGCAAAGUAAUAAAAUAGCAUUCGGCAUAGUGCACGUACCGAAAUUACCAAAACAUUAGUAACGACGACGAUGACGACGAUGGCAACGAUGUCGACGACACAGUCCACAGUUUGUAAUAAUCAAUUCGUGUGAAGUUUAUCUGACUGAGUGCAAAUAAUUGUAAACAGUUGGAAAAAGACUACAAACAUACACAGUCGAAUGGCAUAUGUGGUGUUGUAUCCGUGAAAAAAAACUCCAUAGUAAAUAUUUGCACGACCGAAAGCGAAAACAAAAAUAUUUUUGUUUCUACAUCGAUGAGGAAUAUCCACCCUUAAACGAAGAGUAUAAAGAGCAAAUAAAGCGUUUGAAAUUGAAUUUUUGGACAGAGGCCGACGCAACCGCCCAAGUAAAUUUAACACACGAAAGUGGAUUUUUUUUUCUGUCGGUAAAAUUCGUUGCGUGAUUGUUGUGUGUUGGUGUAUGCGAUGGAGGAAGAAUUGCGGUGUCCGUUGUGUAAAGAGCUCUACGUAAAUCCAGUGUUAUUGCCAUGCUAUCACGGGCUGUGUUUAACAUGUGCGUUGGACAGUCAGGUACAAAUUGCAAAUAAUAAUAAUAAUAGUACGAGUAUUUCAACGACAACAGUAGUCACAGCCCAAAUUCAUCAACCACCUGCCAGUCAUCAACCCUCACCACCGCCACCAUCGUCAGCAACAUCAACAACAACAACAGCAUCCAUUGUAGCUGCAUCGACAUUACCACGAAACAAUUCUACAUCCGGCAACAGUACGGGCAAUUCAAGCGCAUCCGAGAGCAUUUCAUCGGAUCAAGACACUGCCGAUAAAGUUAGUAUAUUGAGUGAAGCCGAUUCAGGUGUGAUUUGUACGUCGCGACCAAGUUCAUAUGCUGGAACGCCAAAUUUACAAGCUCUCUUUCCGCCGACUGGCGGUGCCGUUUACUCAUUAACCUGUCCCAUUUGUCGGAAAAUUGUAUUCUUUGAUGAUGGCGGUGCACGAAAUUUAGCCCCAUAUCGCACCAUGGAAUCGAUAAUCGAUCGAUUUUGUGAACGCGAAGCGUUACGAUGUCAAAUGUGCGAAGUUGAGCCAAAGAUAGCGGCCGUUGUGUGUGAACAAUGCGAAAUUCGAUAUUGUGAUAGUUGCCGUGAAUUGUGUCAUCCAUCUCGUGGCCCAUUGGCAAAGCAUCAGUUAGUGGCACCGCGUGGCGGUGCAACAACCAUACGUGAAUCCGUAUGCAUUGAACAUUGCACCGAACUGUUGUCCGUGUUCUGUUUAACGUGUAAAAUAGCUUUAUGCCAACAGUGUUUAAGUGAUAAUCGACAUCAGUCGCAUGAAAUUCAAUCAAUCGCCACAAUCUGCAAAUCACAAAAGACGGAACUAUCGCACAAUUUGCAGCAAUUAUCGGAGAAGGCCCGUUCGACAACCGAAUUCAUCCAGCGACUUAAAGGGAUGAGCGAUAAAGUGACGGAAUCGUGCCAUGAAUUCGAGCAAUUGAUAAUCAUGCAAUGUGAGGCCCUAAUUCAAAUGAUUCAAGAGCGACGUGAAUACCUAUUAGAGACCAUUGAAAUGGAUAAAGAACACAAAUUGCGAAUACUAAAGGAGCAGCAAAUUAAUUGUACCAGUAAAUUGCAACAGACUACAGGUUUAAUACAGUUUUGUAUCGAAGCACUCAAAGAGACUGAUAAUGCAGCCUUUCUACAGGUGGGAGCAGCGCUUAUAAAUCGCGUCGCCGACACCGAUGUCAGAUGGCAUCAGGAGGUAACGAAUGCGGCACCACGCGUUUCACCCAUUAUCGAUCUCACGCUCGACGAUUUAUCGGUGAAACGCGCCAUCGACAAUCUCAAUUUUAUUCAAAUCAAAUCGGGCAGAGACUGCGAAGAGCGCUUACAAACAGUACCGUCGAUACCGACCAUUAUUCAUGAAGAAUGUUCGACCGUAAAUAAUUCGGUUACGGUGGCCUGGAAAGCCUUGAAUCCGCUGUCAAAUGAUGGAUACGUGCUCGAAUUGGACGAUGGCAGUGGCGGCGAAUUUCGGGAAGUGUACUGCGGAAAGGAAACCAUUUGCACGGUAGAUGGAUUGCACUUCAAUUCAAUGUAUAAUGCACGUGUUAAAGCGUUCAAUAGUUUCUGUGAGGGUGAAUAUUCAGCAAUGAUUUGCUUACAAACGGCCGAAGUUGCAUGGUUCACAUUCGAUCCGGAGCUGAGCGAUGCAAGCGGUAGCGGUUUAACAUUUUCCAAUGAUUUAGCAACGGUUUCAGUGGAUGGAUGGGAUCAUCGUGUUGCACUUGGAUCGGUUGGAUUUUCGAGAGGAAUUCAUUAUUGGGAAUUUACGGUUAAUAAAUACACAGCCGAUACAGAUCCAACAUUUGGCAUUGCCCGAAUUGAUGUGGCCAGAGAUCAAAUGCUUGGCAAAGAUGACAAAGGAUUUGCCAUGUACAUCGAUCACA